CUUUGGUCAACCUUGGUGAAGGGAAAGAGAUCAACCCCAAUGGAGACAUGGGUCUUUGUCACUGCAUUGGUACCAAACACUGUGAUCCUGAAGAAAGAGGAAACUGCUUUCGGGUUUUCAAUGUGAAUGACGAUGGCAGAAGUGUGUGUCCAGGAAUAAUGGAGCUUACAGAGACAUCACUCGUUUUUCAUAUUAAAAGAGGAGGGUUUGUGAAAUGGCCAUACAUAAGCCUAACAAAGUAUGGCUAUGACUCAGAUCUGUUUUCAUUUGUCUGUGGCAGGAGAUGUCAGACCGGAGAAGGGAUAUUUGGGUUUAAAUGUAACCGCGCGGAAGAGCUGUUUAAUUUAUUACAAAGGUGCAUGCAGAACAAUCGAAUAAGUGUCAUAUCUGAUACAGAUGCUGACACCCCAGCAGAUUCUGAGCAACGUUUACUUUAUCGGUAUGAAGCUUAUCCCUCUUUCCCAGCAGCCUCAUCUGUCAUACCAUCUACUCAUAGGCUUGAGCCUAUUGGCAGUGAUUCUAUCCCUGACCCAGCCUCUACAAGAUCUUCAGAAAGCUGCACAUCUGCUGAUUGCAAGGAGUUGAAUAGACGACCCAGAUCCCAUAUACCUCUUGAGCACAAGGUUUCCGAUGGUGGCAUGAGCCAAAUGUCUAUGCUGAGUUAUCUUUAUGUUCACGAACGUCAUGGAAUUAGACUUGACCAAGCCUGUAUACUGAGGAACAUGAUAGAGGGUGAAGAGAUGGAAACAUUUGGUAGCUUACAUUCUGAGGAUUUAAAUGGUGUCAUAUGGGACACUGGUUAUGACAGUGAUGACCGUCGAGAAACAUCAUGUGUGAGAAGAAUGGGAUAUGAAAAUGUUUCAGCUAUUCCAGUAGGGUGUAUUAGAUCACGAAGCAUGUUGGUUUCAGUCAGUAGCUCAGACUCCCAGAGCACUAGUAUUAUCCCAACACGUAUUACAAGAGGCUGUGUUACUAGUCAACCAUCUUCUCCAUCUAUUUUUAAGGAACAGUAUAGCUUAGAGCAAAAUAUAUGCACCUUGAAUGAAUGCAGCUUUCCCUUACAAGCACCAAGACAAUCGUCUUCAGCAAGAGACCCCAUGACAUGUCAAGACUGCGCACCUGUUUAUUUUAAUUUUGAUCUCGGGCAGACCUCUCUGGAGUCAAAGACUCUAAAUUACAUCCAGGUAGAGAUGGAAAGUGGCUGUGAUUCUGACAACCCUCAAACGCCUCAAAGUCCUGAUGGUUCUGUGCAGUGGAGCACUUGUCAACAAUCUGAGUUUUACACAGAACUGGACUUGGAAAAAACCACAGCUUUGUCACUUAUACAUAGAAACUGGCCUAAGGAAGAUGGUACUAGGAAAACAAGACAUAAUAGCAGACAGUUCCCACUUUAACCUUCUGGUGCACCUUUUGACCAGCAAAUCUUUAAAGUAAAGCUUCAUUUAUUGCCAUGGAGUACAUUGUUUUGUAUAUAAACUUUCAGUUUGCUUCUUGACUAGUCAGAUUGGUGCGAAAAGAGUUGUAAAUAUGAGGCUGAGAAGUAGUGAAUUGUGUCCUGAAGCUCCUAAUCACACUCCUAGACGCCUAGUAUUUAAACCAUAUUUUGCAGUAAAUUUCCUGACCAUCUGACUAUUCAUGAAAAGGACAGAUAGUUAAUCAAAUAGUAUAACCCCUAUAUCUGGGAAUGACAAGGCAUACCAAGAAUGUAAAAACACUGGUGGAGCAUCAGAGCACCCAUUGCUACAAAAUUACUUAAAGGGGUAUUCCGGUGAA